AUGUCAUCCAAACUUGCGACAAAUGAUGAUCAUCUACAAGAGCCGCCAAUACUGAUGACCUCACUUCCCGAUGAAAUCCUCUUGGAUUGCGUAGCACGUCUACCAAGAUCUUACUAUCCAAUUCUCUCACUCGUUUCAAAGCAGUUUCGGUCUCUCGUUACAUCCCCUGAGCUAUACAGGAGACGAUGUUUUCUAGGUUACGAAGAACACUGUCUCUAUGUUGCCAUCUCUGAGAACAUCGAAACCUCUAAUAUCCAUUGGUAUACUCUUGCUCGGAAACCCAACGACAAGCUUUGGUUAGUCCGUAUCCCUUCACUCCCUCCUAUGCCUUUACAUGGAAGCUAUGUGGUCAAAGGUUCGAGUAUAUAUGUCAUGGGUGGAUUUCACCAGUGGCAGCGGGGGUUGAUCACACCGAAUGUGUCACGCCUCGAUUGUGUAUCUCACAUGGCGGAGCCUCUUACUAGAAUGCCAAAGGCUGUCGCUGCCUCGGUCUCCGCACUCGUAGAUGGGAAGGUAUAUGUGAUUGGAGCCUUGGAGGGUCCGCUACUCGUUCCCGGCAGUUAA